UUCAUAUACAUUUAUCUACGUAAAGAAAUCUCAAUUUAUUCCCUAAUGUGAUGAAGUAGGAAUCUGCAAAAAAAUAUGAGGAAGUAAAAGCGAAAGUUUGUUUUUAUUUCUGGGGUGCCUUUGUUGGUAGUUAUCCGAGUGAAAGGGYCUGUGAAGUACGUUGGGCGCAUGCGUCAUUUUUAAUAUUUCUUUGAGUGUAACUGAAAGAUGGACGAAGUAGCGGAAUUACGGCAUAUGUUGAUGGGGUUUAGGGUGUCAGAACUUCAAGUACUUUUAGGCUUUGCUGGGCGGUCGAAAUCCGGUCGAAAACAUGAGCUUAUGGGGCGAGCGUUACAGUUACUAAAAUGCGAAGGAAAUUAUCAAAUACGAGCCAAAAUUAAAGAUUUAUACCGUCAGAGAUAUCCAAGAAAGUUAUCCUCUCCUCCACCAAGAGCUGCUCCACCUGGAAGAGUUUGUAUUGUCCCACAAAGUGUUCCCGUACGAGGUCGUGAACCUCCAAACGGUAUUCCUGUCCAUCCUGAUGUCCGUCUAAUUUCUCUACCUUUUUUUGAAUAUAUCGACGAUUUGGUACGUCCUACUAGUCUAGUUCCACGAGGCAUGUCCCAAUUUCAAGAAUCAUAUGUAGUGUUUCACCUUACCCCUAGACAAGUCAACCUAAUAACUACUUCUAGAGAUAUAAGACCAAACUCCAAAAAUGAAUACACAGUUCAAGUACAAAUAAGAUUUUGUUUAUUUGAAACAAGUUGUGAACAGGAAGACAAUUUUCCAUCCUCUUUAUGUGUCAAAGUCAAUGGGAAGAUCUGUCCAUUACCUGGUUAUGUUCCCCCUGGCACCACAGAAGCAAAACGUCCCAGUCGACCUAUCAAUAUUACUUCUCUUUGUCGAUUAUCUUCUACUGUCCCUAAUCAUGUUCAUAUCACUUGGACACCCAGAAAUGGGCAGCGGCAUGUUGUAGUAAUUCGGCAAGUAAGACAAGUUACUUCUAGCUGUUUGAUGCAAAAAUUGAAAGCAAAAGGAUACAGAAACCCUGAUCAUUCAAGAGCAUUAAUCAAGGAAAAGCUAGCUCAUGACCCUGAAAGUGAAGUUGCGACGACAAGUCUUCGAGUAACGCUACUUUGUCCRCUUGGGAAAACGAGAAUGACGCUACCAUGCAGGGCAUCGACAUGUAAUCAUCUACAGUGUUUUGAUUUGGCUCUCUAUCUGCAGAUGAAUGAACGGAAAACAACUUGGGUAUGUCCUGUUUGCGAUAAAAAAGCACUUUACAAAGAUAUCUUCUUGGAUGGGUUGUUCAGAGAGAUACUAGAUAGUGCUCACUGUAAAGAGAUUGCUUUUUACGAAGAUGGUUCAUGGAGACCUAUUGAUCAAGAUGGUCAAGAUCAAGAGAGCAAAGCAGCAGUUAAAGCCAUAAUAGCUUCAAAUAAUUCACUUCAAAAAUCAGUUAUCAAAGCUUCUUCGGAAACGAGCUCAUUUCAGAAAAGGGAAGCAGAAAUAAUCGAUCUUACUGGUGAUAGUGAUAGUGAUGAUGAUGACACUGAUGAUGAUGAUAAUGAUGAUGAUGAUGAUGAUGAAGAGAGAGAUGAAGGUAUAGAUGCUGGUGAUGAUGACAAAAGUAUGGAUACUGAUAUGAGUCUUUAUAGAGAGCAAAUCAGCAGUACUAAAAUAAGCAGUAGCAUUAAUGGCUACCCUAAGAGAGUGUCAUCAAGCUCUGUGAUCAUGCCACCUUCCUCAUCAACCUCCAGAAGCAUGGCUGGUUCUUCAUCAUCCAGUAGCCUCUUUAACCAUCCAAACUUUUAUUCAUUACCACAUCAAUUAGAAUUUCCAGGUCUUGAACUUUAUCGAUUCCUCAAUGAUGACUUUGCUCCUAAUAUGUACCUCAGUGAUCAAAGUAGCUUGUUGGAUCAACUUGGUGGUGCGUCCAACGUCAUCCACCUAGACUGAAAGGAAUGGGCAUUACUGAGGUGAUGUUUCACAUCCGCAGACCCCAGCUUCUUGGUCUAGUGCAGUUGCUAUCCCAUGAAUCCAGUACAGCUGUUGCAAUCACUCCUGCCAGGUUUCGUAUGGAGCGGUAAGACAGCGUAGACCUGACAACUGUUUGACAAGCUGAUAAGAUGAACAUUUCUAUAUGUUGUUGACCAAAUGAACAAAAAGCACUGGAAAAUGCAGAUAUUCAUGGUAUCAUUUUCACAAUUAUUGUCCAGUUUUGACCCAGUUCCCCCAUGAUAUGAAACAAUGGAUGUGGUGAUGAUAAGGAUGUUAUACCCCUCGUACAUUACCCACCUGAACUGAAUAUCAAAAAAUCACUAGGUGUUGAAUGCCUCUCAGAUAAACAGCUCUUCUUGAAGCAGCACUUGUCCAUCACAUUCUUCAUUUCUGAGUUUCCAAUUCCCAAGAGGAUGAAGUAACAGGAGUCAUGGCAGCCAUGUUGAUGGAUAUAACAAAAGAGACUAAUGGCAAAUCUUUUGUUAAAUUCAUCCAACAUGGCGGCUGUGAAAACCAGCUGUAGCAAAACUCUAUUAUCAUUACUUGAUAAUAUAUGUCAAAAAUGGAGCUUGGUAUACCUGUGUUGCCAACCAGCUUCAUACAGUGAUUAUCGACAUCAAAAUAUCUGAGAGAAACAACAAUAGAACGUUUUCUCAUGUUUGCAUGCGCAUUUAACUUGACGGGCUGCAAAACUGCAAAACGCAAAUUCAGUAAAGGCAGUUUUUUAUUUAAAGAAGAGAAUAAUCAAUUUUAUGAAUUCUUGUCGAAAAAAAUCAUGGCAAUGAAUGAUAAAGAUCAUCAUAAAGCUCCUGUUUUGGUAUCGUGGCCCGUCAAGUUCUUUAAAUUUGGAUGAGCACGCAAUCUUGAGAAAACGGUCUAUUACCAUUUGGGCAUGCCAUUUGGGCAAGCCACACAAACCCAAAUACUUACUUAGGACCAGCUUACAUGAAGGUAGUGUAACCCUAGUGCUAGGACCAGUCUUGUUUCCCUGAUACCAAAAAGAGUUAGCCCCAGUUGUAAGAUCAACUUUAAUGAUCACAAGAGCUUCAAGCUUGUCUGGCUUAUUGCUUUUGAAAUGCUCUGAGAGUAUCACAUUCCUCAAGUAGACCUGAAAGAUUAUUUUACUCACACAUACGGAAAUAUAAAUAGCGAAAUUUUAUUUACAGAUUAGAUGUUUUCCUGUACAGUUCUAUAGAAAUCAAGAAUGUUCACCCAUUCUAAGUGCCAAAUUUUUUAUUGUACAUAUCAUUUUCUACUUCCUAGAUUUUCUCUUAGACUGUCGACAGCCCUCAAUAUCUCAGGCCUAGGGCAAACGUCGAACUUUCCAUGCACCGAACUCAUUAAAAACAAUGGAUAUCAGAUGAUAAUGAGGCGCCAUUCUUUGAUGUAAUUAAUUUCGCCGCAUGGAAAGUUCGACGUUUGCCCUAGGCCUCAGCCUUUUAGAAACUGUAGCUGAGAAAUAGACUACUUUACCUUGGGCGUAAUGUUUUUUCCAUUUUCUUUUUUUUGUAAUUCACUAGAGUAUCAUUUCUUUGUUUAAACCUUGUGUAUUAGAAGGCACAUGAAUAUGGAUACAACUUAAACAAAGAAUCUUAUUCUCAAGAGAAUGACACGUGGUCUUAAAUGGGAAAACAUUACGCCCAAGGUAAAGAGGUCUUUAGUUUCCGCAUGCAUGGUAGUGCUUUUGGCUUUAGUAGUGAAAAAGAAAUUUUGCCGAGAUCAAAAUAAUGUCAAAACCAUAGCAGUUGACGCCACUGCUGAGUGCUACGUUCUUGGAGGUUUAUUUUUUUAGAGAAAUGCCUCUAAUUUCUUCACUUACUGAUAUUUUUAGUAAACAUGCGAACCCGGGAGCUGCGAGCUGCAUGCUGAAUUUUGGUUUUUCGCUGCCGCCAGUCAAAAAUAUGAAAGGUAUCAACUGAUUAGGUUUGAUUGAUGGCAGCGAAAAACCAAAUUUCAAACUAGCUCGUAGCUACCAAUAUCGCAUGUUAAUGAAAAUAGCAGUAUGUUUGACGUAGACAUCGAACAUCAAAAUAUUCUGGGCAGCCGUGCACCCGCGAACUUAACUGGCUGAAACACUUCAGCUUCAGUUAGAGUUCAUAACAUAUAUCCGUGAAAGAGUUAACUAACAAAAUUGUAGAAAUCAGUGCAAAGUUGUGUAGGUCUACUACAAUCUACUGAGGCCUACUGAACUUACUAAUUUGUGCAACUUUCUUACAAAGUUUUUUCACGUAUAUAUGGUAUACACUCUACUGAAGUAGGGCUUCAUUCUAAAUUUUGCUAUUUUCUUGGCAGUUUUGCGUGCAAUAGUCCCUUGAGAUAGACAUUGCAAGAAUCAUUUAUGUCGAGUUUUUCACAAAAACACGUGACCACGGCUGGGAGUUGUCUUUACAAUGCUUAGCUCAAGCAUGUUGCUAAGCAACAGAGUAAUACCCAUAAGGGAACGGGGUUAGAAUGAUAAUCAGAUUACCGAUAGACUAUAAUGAAUAAAGGAAUGUUUUGUGAUAUAUUA